AUGUCUUUCUCGGCUUCAGCUGGUCUUUACAUUGUUGCUUAUACAUUUGCGACGACUUUCAUCGCAUUUGGCGUCAAUGCUAUUCUACGUCCGGUUCAAGCACUCACCUUCUUCGAGUUCCAGCCUCCAGCCUCUGCAGUAGACAAGCAGCUGGUUGACAGUCUGAUGGCAGUCUACGGUGUUCGAGACAUCUUCAUGGGUGUUGCCAUCUAUGCGGUCGCGUACUUUGGUACUCGACGAGCUCUAGGCUGGAUAUUGAUUGCCGCCAGCUGUGUUGCAUUUGCAGAUGGUCUGGUUUGCUGGACGCAUGGUCAGGGCGCAUGGAAUCACUGGGGAUAUGCACCAAUGAUUACUCUAGUUGGCAGCAUGAUACUCGGGUUCUUUGGCUGA